CAGUCUUGCACAGUUCCUUCUUCGGCAGGAACUCUCUUCUAGAAGAAAGCCUGUGUUAGGUGUGCCUGGUCCAAGCAAGGCUGCCUGGCACUCACUUGUCCUCUGGAGUCAGCCACUAUUUAUCCAAGCAAAGCCGGGAUCCUGGCACUCAGCCAUGAUGAGGACACGUUUCCAGGGAGUGGCAAGACUUGUCCGCCACAAAGCUCUUUACAGAAGCCCCUGUCUCCUGCCCAGAGUCCAGCUGGCCUCAGCAUUUGGUUCCUCCACAGAGUCCCUGGUUGCAAGAUUCUGCCCAGAGAAGACAGAUUUGAAAGAUUAUGCCCUUCCCAAUGCCAGCUGGUGUCCAGAUAUGCUGAACCUGUAUCAAGAAUUUCUGGAGAAAACCAAAUCAGGCGGCUGGAUUAAACUACCCUCCUUCAAAUCCAACAGAGAUCAUAUCCAGGGCCUUAAGCUCCCAUUUGGGCUGGAAACUGCCUCAGACAAACAGGACUGGCGCCUCUUUACCAGGUCCAUACAACUGGAAGGACAAGGCUAUGAAUAUGUCAUCUUUUUCCACCCAUCUGAGAAGAAGUCUGUCUGUCUUUUCCAGCCAGGCCCCUACCUGGAGGGGGCACCAGGGUUUGCUCACGGAGGGUCACUGGCAGCCUUGAUGGAUGAGACAUAUUCAAAAACUGCAUAUCUGGCUGGAGAAGGACUAUUCACACUAAGUCUCAACAUCAAGUUCAAAAAUUUGAUCCCCGUGGGCUCUUUGGCUGUCCUGGACAUUCAAGUAGAAAAGAUUGAAGACCAGAAACUCUACAUGUCCUGCAUCGCCCAGAGCAGAGACAAGCAGACCGUCUAUGCCAAAUCCUCCGGUGUUUUCCUUCAGCUGCAGUUGGAAGAAAAACAGUCCCAGGAGCAAUGACCUUGACCUUGAUGACUCAGUGGCCACAUAACAGACAAGGGUCCCCAGGAAUCAGGUGGCAGAUGAGGGAGAAAAAGGCAUUUUUACCACCCCACGGUCAGUCCAAGAACCUUCUGUAGUUGGAAUCAAAAUCGUCCAUAGGCCACAGAUAACGCAGCAGUUAAAAACCCUGGCUGCUGCUUGAUUUCCAGCACCAACAUGGUGGUUCACAACCAUCUGUAACUCCUGUCCCAGGGAAUCCAAUACCCUUUCCUGGCCUCCAUGGAGUACCAGGUACACAUCCAGUGCCUUCCGUGCAAACCCAACACCCAUAUACCUAAAAAUAAAUGAAUGUUUUAAACCUU